CGGCAGCCUGAACGCACGCACACAUACACACUCACACGCACAGACAGAGAAAGAGUGAGGACGUAAAAAGAGAGAGUUGCGAGAGAAGCAAAAAGAAAUCUUCGGCUAGCCGCUCUUCUCACAGUCUGCUGGUUGUUUUGCAUCCCUGAUAUGACCCUGUUCAGCCCAAGAUAUAUGAGCAUGAGUGGAGAGCUGAAGUCCAGUCGCUCCAGGGCAGCAAGUAAGAGGGCCAGCAACACCACUUACGGAUCUGACUUUGACCUGGACUAUGACAGCUAUCACGAGGACUACUAUGACAGGGUGUAUGACUACCAGCGUGUGCCGGCAUCCCUGUCUCCUUUACACCUGGGACCCAGUCUGGCCAAGCGAUCCCGCUCCUCUUCCUCCUACUCCUCCGGACACAGACGCAGUCGAGACAGAACCCACUCCAAAAGCUCCAGAGCCCACUCCACUAGUUCAACCACAGCCAAGUUGGGCAUGGAGGAGUUGCAGGUGAUUAAAAAGGAGCUGACUCUGAUAAAGACACAGAUCGAUGGGCUGCUUGACAGUCUUGACAGGAUGGACACACAGAGGAAUGACCACAAAGGGUCUCCCCUGAGAGAGGACAGUCCAGCUGGCUCCCUGUACGCUCUGUCAGCCAGCAGCCCAGAGCACUCCCUGUCCUCCCUCUCUCCACCCAGCUCCCGCCAUCGAAUCCACAGGGAGAACCCUGACCUGAGGGAGCCUGAUGAUGACCACCACACGAUGAGCAACCACAGCUCUGACCCUGAGGAGGAAAUAUGAGGAAGGAAAAUGAGAAGACGUAGGAGACGUGGAUUAAGUGCCAAACACUGAGGAAGAGAACGACAACCAUCACCAAACCAACACUCAUCACAGCCCAUAUCAGAGGCUUCAUUCCCCAACUGGGCAUACAUAUCAGAUAACACAAUACAUUUAAUAGUGUCACAGGCGCUCGGUUUCUGUGACUGUACUGAAAGGAAAAACACUGACACAGACUGAUACACACACAUACAUGCACUGUAGAUCUCAUUGACUGGAAAUUGUUAGGUUGGCCUGAGAGAGGGAGAAGGCAUGAUCCCAUCUAGAAAAUACUACAACUGGUAGCAGGUUCAUUUACCUUGAAUUGAACCCAUUCUACUGUAUGAGUGGGUUUGCACAGACAACAAUAUUCCAGUAUUAAUCCAAAUAUUGUUGUGUUAAUCCAAAUGUGACAAUGCAGAUCUCUGAUUAAAACAUUAUGUAAGCAGCUUACCAGUUUAUCUUAUUCACAUUAAAGUCUUUUUCUGAAAACAGGCAGCAUAUGUUGGUAUCAGACUAUAUAUAAUUAUUAAUAAUAAUAAUUUACGUGUAGUCAUGAAGUUUUGCUAGAAGGGUGAGAAAGUUUCUGCUUAAUGAAGGACCUUUAAUUAGAUAUUGCACAAACAAUAUAAAAGACAGAAAUACUAAUGAAUCAUGAGCCAUUAUAAACCAUGUAAACAGCUUAAUUUCAUAUUGUGUCAAUUUCAGAAUAAGGGUAAAGCUGGAAUAUCUGCGCUUGUAAAUGAAAAAUCACCUCUCUGGAUCUGCUGAAAGAAAAAGAAAUGUGUACUCUCCCAAAUUUGAUCUUUCAAGUGGGCUUUUUAUUGACACUGAACUAACGCUUUUUCUUUCUUGUAUACAGACUUUAGCUAUUCAAAGUAAAUUAUAGUAAUCCAAUCACACUGAUCAUUCAGGAGAGACAACGUGUUUGUUUUUCUGCUUGUAAGUUUCAGUAUGCUACUUCUCUGAGUGUAACCCUCUGAAAGAAAUGUUGUAAUGACCUUGUUCUGUCACACCUUUUAGAUAUACAAGUAGUUUCUCUACUUUAAAUGUUUUAGAAGGAUGUUGAAAUUCUCUUCCCCUGUGUAUUUGGCACUUAAAGAUGUGCAAAGGCCCAGGUCAGUGUGUAAUAUUGUGUAUUAUUGUAAAACUUAACUGUAAUUGUUCCGCUGUCUGAUUUUAAUCUUGCUUUCCAACUUCUCAUAUGUUUCUUCUUUUUUGUUUUUGAAGAGAACUGUGAUGUUAUUAUAAUUCUUAUGGUGUUACAUGUUUUUGUUUGCAAUAUUAAGAUAAGCCAAGUGGAAAUACUCAUUGUCACAGUAGUAAAUGUAUUUUCAUACUGACUCUAUAAUGCAGUUCAUGGUGAUGUGUGUGUUUUUAUU